GUUUAGCGCUCAAACAGCAAUACUGGUAGAAAGUGCCGUCUCAUCUCUCAGUGAACGGUGGCUGAAGAACAUAGCCAUCCAGAUGCAUCCAACGGCAUAGGUAGGCAUAGGCCAAUUGCUGCCCCUCAUUACCUGUAGAGUACUGUAUCAUGCCUUGCAAGCAUCCCCGCUCCAAGUGAUCAUGUCGCUGCCCAGGUGCAGCUGCCAGUGUGAAUAUUUAAGGCUGACCCUCCCGUCAUCUUGUUUCUCUUCGCCUAGGAACUUUGAAUUGACUUCACUGGAUAUCGCAAUCCUUGAUUGAGGCCAAUCUCCAAUACCUCCUAUAGAGCCCUCGCACAUCACGAGUACUCCUCGCAUCUUCCUUACCACUAACAACACCACAACCCGAAAUCACAAACUACCUACCUUUACCAGCAAGAUGGCAACCGCAGAGACCGUCGAGAUGGGCCUUUCUCAUCCACCAAAGUAUGUUUGAUUUCCAUAAGUUAUCCUCUUCAAAGAUCGUGCUAACAAGCACACAGAGAGGAAUCCAUCAAAGCCUUCAACGAAAUCGAAGUCGACCUCAAGAAAGCCAUCCAACACCUCCGCCACGAAACAACCAGUACCUCCAUCUCCCCUCCUCCUCACUCACAAUCUAACACUCCCAGAACACGAACCUCCAUACUUCCAAGAAGUCAGCAACCUCUCCAACGAACAACUAACUACCUUCUCCUGUUCGUUCCCUCCCCAUCCCCGCCCCCUCUCUACCAUAUCAAAAAAUGAUGUAUCCAGAACCUAACAAAUCCCACCACCAGCCUCGGACCUAAAAGAAGUCCGCGUCGCAACCUCCGCCUACGGCCUGCACCUCUUCGGAAAAGUCCUGCUCCCCGAAUCCGACAACCAAGCAUCCUACUUCAUGUUCCGCGCCUUCAUCGCAGGCGAUGCCGAGAUGGCCAAGUUACAUUGUAUCCAUCUCGAGGAGACGGAGAGACCAGAUGGCGAUAAGGAUUUCCGCGCCAUCUUUAGGAAGAAUGAUAGGCUGGAGUGGUUUGAUGUAUGA